AUACGAUCGCAUCGAGCUGCAUCAUCUAUAUAGUCAGGCGAUAAUCCAGCAAAGUAAGUUUGUAAGCUAAAAAAAAAAAAUACUGAGUUUAAUAAAAUGCUCAACUUGGCACCAAAUGAGAAAAUUGAACGCACGUAUGGACAGACGAAGUCCUUAACUGAUACGCAACAAUCACGCUUGACCUGUACCUAUAACAGCACUGUAUCUGCUUAUGCCAAGUUAGCGCCGUUUAAGAUGGAGCAACUCAGUCUGGAGCCAUAUAUAGCGCCUUAUCAUGGCUUUGCAACUAGACGUGAGAUGGACUUGCUUAAAGCCUUAGCUAAAGCUGAAUUGACACCAGCCAAAAUAUAUGAUGGAAAAAAGCUGUAUAUUGAUAAAGAACGUACCGCUACUUUAUCUUGGUUAACACAUAAGCAUGAUCUAGUGUUGCAAUUGUUUAAGCGCUUGGAGCUCAUAACUGGCAUCUGUCAAUAUGGAGGGCCACUGCAAGUUAGCAAUUAUGGCAUUGGCGGUUACUUUCAUGAGCAUCUAGACUUCUUUGAUGAGAUGUAAACGAAGACAAUCGGUUCAGCACAGCCGUUAUCUACCUCAAUGACGUUGAUCAAGGAGGUGCUACAGUUUUUCCAAAAUUAAAUUUGACCGUACAACCGGAGUCAGGUGCAGCCUUGGUAUUCCACAAUCUAUUAAACUACAUGCAAGGAGAUCCUCGCACACUGCAUUUAUCUUGUCCUGUUUUGAAUGGAAACAAGUGGAUUGCCAACAAGUGGACAUCCUUGAGGGCAAAAACAUUCAAGCGUCCCUGUUAUAAGCAGAAUAACAUUC